CGCAGUCCGGCACAAGAGCCAGCGAAUCAGCGAUGGCAUCCUCCUCCUCUGCGGUCGUGGCUGCUCUGAUCCUCUGCAUCCUCAUCGCCCAUGGCCAUGGCUGCUUCGCCAAGCACCAAACGCCUCAUCCCGCGGCCAAUUCCAGCUGGCUCGACGCCAAGGCGACAUGGUAUGGCAGACCGACCGGUGCCGGGCCGGACGACAACGGCGGCGCGUGCGGGUUCAAGAACGUCAACUUGCCACCCUUCUCCUCCAUGACCUCCUGCGGCAACCAACCGCUCUUCAAGGACGGCAAGGGCUGCGGCUCCUGCUACCAGAUAAGGUGCUUAAACUCGGACCACCCUGCGUGCUCCGGUGUGCCGAAGACGGUGAUCAUCACAGACAUGAACUACGACCCAGUCUCCCGCUACCACUUCGACCUCAGUGGCACCGCCUUCGGAGCCAUGGCCAAGUACGGACGCAACGACGAGCUCCGCCACGCCGGCAUUAUCAACAUGCAGUUCAAGAGGGUGCCAUGCCAGUACCCGGGGUUGACGGUGACGUUCCACGUGGAGGAGGGGUCGAACCCGUUCUACAUGGCAAUCCUGGUGGAAUACGAGAAUGGCGAUGGCGAUGUGAAGCAGCUGGACAUCAUGGAGUCGCGACCAGGUGCUACCAAUGGCGGCAAGAUGACUCCAACGGGGGAGUGGGUGCCCAUGAAAGAGUCAUGGGGGUCCAUAUGGAGGAUGGAUGCCCACCACCCCAUGCGGGGGCCAUUCUCGUUGCGCGUCACCAACGAGUCCGGGAAGACGCUCGUCGCCGACCAGGUCAUCCCCGGCGAUUGGAAGCCUAACAAAACCUACAGCUCCCUUGUCCAGUUUCAUUAAUUGAUCCAUCCAUCCAUAUAUAUGAAACUAAUGAAAAGGGGAGUGCCCUCAUUUGAAAAGUAAUAAUAUGAUACAUGCGUGUCUGUGUGUGCCUAUGUAGCAGGCUGAGACGUCGCCUGUGAUGUCCGGUUGCAUGUGUGUCCGUCCAUCGUGUAAUUCAUGUGCUUAUAUAUCUAUCCAUAUCAAUUAAUGUUGUGCAUUUC